CUGCGCGAGGGGAGGCCCCCGCCGCCGCCGAUGGCGGAAGUGCCUCGCGAGGGAGCGGCGAUGCGUCGCGCAGCGCGUAGCCGAGGGGGCAGGGGGAGGCGGUAGCCGUCGCUGCCGCCGUCGCCGAGCGUGGCAGGAGGCGGCUGUCUGCCAUGGCGGGCCGCGGCUCCGGGUCCUCGGAGCACCUGGAGCGGCUGCACGAGAUCUUCCGGGGAUUGCACGGAGACCUGCGGGGCGUCCCCGAGCGGCUGCGGGGCAGCGCGGCCGGUGAGGAGAAGAAAAAACUAGUUCGAGAAUUUGAUGAGAAACAGCGUGAAGCAAACGAAACGCUGCGGGAAAUGGAGGAAGAACUGAAGUAUGCUCCUCUGCCUUUCCGCAACCAAAUGAUGAGCAAAAUCCGGGCGUACAGAAGAGACCUCUCCAUGUUCCAGAGAGAGAUGAGAAGCACAGAUUUGGGAUUGGGUGCUGGAAGUCAAAGCGAUAUAAAAUAUGGAAUCUUCUCCACAGAAAAUGAACAGAGUACUAACCUGCAGUCACAGAGGGUGCUGCUUCUCCAGGGAACAGACAGCCUGAACCGAGCCAGUCAGAGCAUUGAGCGCUCGCACCGAAUUGCUGCUGAAACAGACCAGAUUGGCACCGAUAUAAUUGAAGAACUUGGGGAGCAGCGGGAGCAACUGGAACGCACCAAGAGCAGAUUGGUGAAUACAAGUGAGAACUUGAGCAAGAGUCGCAAGAUUCUACGUUCCAUGUCCAGGAGAGUAACCACUAAUAAGUUGUUGCUGUCAAUUAUCAUCAUCCUGGAACUAGCCAUCCUAGGAGGUGUGGUCUACUACAAGUUCUUUCGCAGCAGAUGAAUCUUCAUGACUGAGAUGAGCUUUUCCACUGUUGAGGAACCGGAUGGGCUGUCUGUUCCCUUUGACUGUCUGAGGAUUGAACUGUCUCAUGAGGCAGCAUGUUCAACUGAAACUGUACUGACACUAGAAAGACAGAGAAUGGGAGUAAAAGGAGAAUGCAGAUACAGACUUGAACUACUGGUAAGAUUAACAGGAAGGUAAUAAAUAU